GCGAUGUUAUGUUUUACUGGCGCAACGUUUGCCAGCCUGCACGUCAAAAAUAAUAAAUCGUGAGAAAAAAUGGCGGAACCUGAAUUGAACGUAGACAGCUUAAUACAACGAUUAUUGGAAGUAUAUAAAGUACAACACGAAUCCCAACAUCAAAUCCCCGACUUUAAGAAGAAAACAAAGUUCAAAGAUAUAUUCUCAUCCGAAUUCAGAGGAUGUCGGCCAGGAAAGUCUGUGCAGAUGACAGAGUCAGAGGUCAGAGGGUUAUGUCUGAAAUCACGUGAAAUUUUCUUACAGCAACCAAUCUUAUUGGAGCUUGAGGCACCGCUAAAGAUUUGUGGUGAUAUCCAUGGCCAAUAUACUGAUCUUCUGCGUUUAUUCGAAUACGGCGGGUUUCCACCGGAAGCGAAUUAUUUAUUCCUCGGUGAUUAUGUAGACCGUGGCAAACAAUCUUUGGAAACCAUUUGUUUGCUGCUUGCUUACAAAAUUAAAUACCCCGAGAAUUUCUUCCUACUGCGUGGAAAUCAUGAAUGCGCUUCGAUAAACAGAAUAUACGGCUUCUACGAUGAAUGUAAAAGACGAUACAAUAUAAAGCUCUGGAAGACCUUCACCGAUUGCUUUAAUUGCUUGCCCAUUGCAGCUAUUAUUGACGAAAAGAUAUUUUGCUGCCACGGAGGUUUGAGCCCUGAUCUACAAGGAAUGGAGCAGAUUCGUCGCAUUAUGAGACCCACAGAUGUUCCUGAUACAGGAUUAUUGUGCGAUUUGUUGUGGUCUGAUCCUGACAAAGAUGUACAAGGAUGGGGUGAAAAUGACCGCGGUGUAUCGUUUACAUUCGGGGCGGACGUUGUGAGCAAGUUCCUGACACGACACGAUCUCGAUUUGAUCUGCCGUGCACAUCAAGUCGUCGAAGAUGGUUACGAAUUUUUCGCCAAGAGGCAGUUGGUUACCCUAUUUUCUGCUCCCAAUUAUUGCGGCGAGUUUGAUAACGCCGGUGGAAUGAUGAGCGUCGAUGAAACACUAAUGUGUUCAUUCCAGAUUUUGAAACCAUCAGAAAAGAAAGCAAAAUACCAAUAUCAAGGUACAAAUUCGGGCCGUCCGGCAACACCACAGCGCACCGCUGCUCCCCCGACUACAACGAAGAAGAAAUAAAUGCAUUUUAUUCGAGAGUGAAAAAAAAAGAAACAGAAAAUAUAUUAUAUAAAAUGCCAUACAAAAGCGCUAUUGGAUUGAUUUAUUACUAUGAUUGUUUUUUUUUCUUAUUAUUAUUCUUUUUUUUUUUCGUACAUGCAUUUUAUUUAGUAACUAUUUGAUUUGUGGUGCAGUCACUUCUGUAAAGUAUUAUAUAUAUUUAAUAGAUUUUUUAAAUAAUUUCUUUUUCAUUUGUGAUUAACUUUAUAAGUUUGACUGAUCUUGUAUGCAAUAUGUUUUCUCUCCGGCACGAUUUUAAUACUUGUGUAGUUUAUUAUUUCCGUUACACAAUCUGUCUUUUUGUUUAUUAUUUUUUUUGUUGUAACUUUUUGACGACCGGGAAAUCAAAAUUAUUUUUAUUGAAACAAAAUGAUAUGUUAUCGUUUCGAAGAACAAUGUAAGAUAUAUUCUUAUUUAUUAAAAGUGAAUGGUGAUUAGCCAAAGAAAUUUCAAACAUCUGACUUUUAACUAAGUAUAACUCUUCAUUGAUAUUUAUUAUAUUUUUCUAGUAUGUGUUCCUUAAAAUACAAUCAAAGGUUUUAACAUUUGUUUAGGAAAAAUGCACAUCUAAGCACGACAUUUUUAACAAAUCAUUAAUGGGAAACAUCAAGUACAUUUUCUUCCUUAAUCUAAUGUGAAAUCUUUGAUGUUCUCUUUGCGAUAUGAAAGCAACGAUAAGACCACUUCUUGUAACUACAUUUAAUAUAAAAUAUUGUCGAUGUAAUUAAUACUAUGGAUAAUUAAAUUGGAAUAGAGAUUA